AUGCCAUCUACUCAUAAUCGUGAUAAACCAUGGGAUACCCCAGAUAUAGAUAAAUGGGCUCUUGAAGAGUUCAAACCCGAACAUAAUGCUUCAGGUCUACAUUUUGCUGAAGAAUCAUCAUUUAUGACUUUAUUCCCUAAAUAUCGUGAACAAUAUUUAAGAAGUAUAUGGAGUGAUGUGACUAAGGCAUUAGAUAAACAUUUUAUUAAAUGUGAAUUAGAUUUAGUUGAAGGAUCAAUGACUGUUAAAACCACUACGAAAACGUUUGAUCCAGCUAUGAUUAUUAAAGCUAGAGAUUUAAUUAAAUUAUUAGCUAGAUCAGUUCCAUUCCCUCAAGCGGUGAAGAUAUUACAAGAUGAUAUUGCUUGUGAUGUUAUUAAAAUUGGUAAUUUCGUUGCUAAUAAAGAUAGAUUUAUCAAGAGAAGACAAAGAUUAGUUGGUCCUAAUGGUAACACUUUAAAGGCAUUAGAAUUGUUAACUAAAUGUUAUAUAUUGGUUCAAGGUAAUACUGUUAGUGCCAUGGGUCCAUUUAAAGGAUUAAAAGAGGUAAGAAGAGUUGUUGAAGAUUGUAUGAAAAAUAUUCAUCCGAUUUAUUAUAUUAAAGAAUUAAUGAUUAAACAAGAAUUGAGUAAAAAUCCAGCAUUAGCUAAUGAAGAUUGGUCAAGAUUUUUACCAAGUUUCAAAAAGAGAAAUGUUGCUAGAAAGAAAAAGACUAGUAAAAAACUGGUUGAAAAGAAAGUAUACACACCAUUCCCACCUGCUCAACAACCUAGAAAGAUUGAUUUACAAAUUGAAAGUGGUGAAUAUUUCUUAGGUAAAAAGGAAAAAGAAUUGAAAAAAUUACAAGAAAAACGUUCGAAACAAGAAGAAGUGAGUGAAACUAAACGACAAGAAAGAGCUAAAGAUUUUGAAGCUCCAGAAGAAGAAGUUUAUGAAAAUAAACUCUUGAAAAAGGAAAAGAAAGAGAAGAAGGAAAAGAAGGACAAGAAAGAGAAGAAAGACAAAAAGGAUAAGAAGAAGAAGAGAUCACACGAUGAUGAAGACCAUUCACCUGAGCCUAAGAAAUCUAAGCAUUAA